AUGCUGUCAACGAUGAAAGCUUCAAGCGCAGCCAUUGCAGAGGCAAUGCCUGUCGAGCAAGCUUCGAACGGCUUCGAUGACGCCGCAGAUAACGGCUCCAGCAGCUUGAGUGAGCUUGGAGACGCCUCAGACGACCAAUCUGAACCCACCCCGAGGCAGACACCAGCAGCAGAAAUGGACGAAGACGAUUCGGAGGCCGAGACAGAGCGCCUAGACACUACUCCACGAAAACUGACCCGAACAGUCCCUGAGACAUCUUUGCUAUCCGAGCCGGCUUACACACGAACCCCCAGCAAACUCGCGCACUCUAAAAACAUAGAAGACGACGAGUCUACUCCUCCCACACCCUCUGCUGGUGCAGAUGAGGCACCCAUUGAUGCAGCAGCUACAGCAGAGAACCCCCUACACUCUCUGUCGCUUAUUGCGACCACAGAGGCUGCUAGCCUAGAACACACGAGCAAGAAACGAAAAAGAACAAGCGCCGAAAGGAGCCCUGUUGGCGAGCAAGACGAGGAAGAACCAUUGCGAAAGAGGAGUGAGCCUGCAAGAAGCUCGGCGCUUGAUGGCCUAGCGGACGCCGCAGCCAAUAGACAAGGCCGUGUGGACGCAGAUGAGGAGCUCGACAACGCUGAAGAGAGUCUUUCUGUGCUUGCGCGUGAGGAAAUGGAACUUGAAGAACGUCGAGCUAACAUCGCUGCACAAACCGUCAACCAAAUGGCAACCGUAGCAAAGCACACAAAACCGCGGAAAGGUGGCAGAAGAGGCAAACGAAAGACAGAGGACGCUAGUUAUGCCUACACUGAACCUUUUGUGGCUGCUGAGCCACAAGACGGCGAGGCUGAAUGCGACCCUGAAGAAGAAGACAGCGGAGUCCUAGAUGAGGAAGUCAUUAAGAAGAAGAUUGCCAUUGAUGAACUCGCAAAGAUUGAAAAGAAGUUCAAGCUCUUCAGAGAGAAACUUUGUGACGAACAAAUAGCACAACUCGAGCGGGAGCUCGAGAUGCUCAAGCAACCCAACUGUGUGCACCCUGAGUACGUCGCAAUGAUCAAAUGCAUAGACGACCGGCGCGCAGAUAAGAUCGCCUACGAGACAAGGUUGUUGGAAUACAAGCAGAAGAACCUCGAGAUAAUAACAGCAGCAGAACGGCACCAGAUGCACAGUCAGUACUUCCAGACUGUGCGGCAUAUACGAGAAGAAAUACUCGAAGAGUGCAACCAGCGAGUGUUUGAAUUGCAGCGCGGCAGACGACAGCUCGGCUGUGACGAGACUGAAUACAUGGUGCGACUGCCCGAGAAGCGGUCAGACCAAAUAAGACACCAGACAGCGUACAAUCUCGAGGUCUCAGUACUGUCAGGCGUUGCCAAGUACGUUGGCUUCCCAGCCGCUCCAGAUAUUAGUGCUGCAAAACCGUCAGAAAUCGAUGAAGAUCUUCGAGCAAUGAAGAUUGCGACUCGUGCUCCGGCUCCGCCCCCAUCAUUUCGUACCUACAACAGAACUACAACAGCAGACGAAGCAGCCGCGGAAGAACAAUUCUUGGAAAGUACACCAUGGGCCAACCCACGGCAUCCCUCACAUCAACAAGAGAGCCGCUACCCUCUUGGACCGUCUCGCGUACCCAACUAUCAGACUCCAGCUGGCCAACGUCGCAUGGUUGAUCUGAGUGCUCCAAACGGCUCUGCUUCCACAAUCGAAGCAAAUUCCAAUCCUCCUUCGUCCAACGCCCACCACACCAAUGGUCUCCUAGGCGAUGCUGAAUCACCGGUUCUGCAUAUGAAGCGCGCACCCUCCGGCCACUCAGCAUACGGUGACGUGCCUGGCUCUGAUCCCCGUGGCAACAUGGGCGUCUUGAGCCGAGAGACAUAUAGUAUGAUGUCAAGCCCCGUGGCACAGCACAUAGAUCUACCCCACGAGCACACUGGUCAACGCUGGGGUGGUAAUGGCAUCCGGCCAAUGAACUCAGCGCCCGGUGCUGCGCCCGGUCAGGCCGGUCCAGCUCGACCAGACGCAGCACGAGCGCCAAUGACCCAGCGUAAUGGCCUUGGUACAAUCAGCGUUGGCAGUGGUCUAUUUGGGCGGUGA